AGAGUGAUUCUUUGCCCUAGUAAUUCCAAUAUUCCCUCUGCAACUGAGGGGCUCUUUUUCCCGGCAAUUAGAAGUGCUAAUUGCAGAACAAGCCCUCCCGGUAUGGAAUUUUGGAAAAAUGGAGGCUCAGAAACUUCAAGCGAAGAAAAUGAUAGGCCAGAGAAAGUCAAAGGUGAAAGGGGAGGUCGGCGCUCCUACGAAUGCACAUACUGCAAGCGAGGGUUCACGAACGCGCAGGCCCUGGGAGGGCACAUGAACAUACAUAGGAAAGAUCGAGCCAAGACCAAGCAGGUCACUGGUUCUUCAGGUUCAAGCAAACCCAAUGAGGAGUACAUGGCUUACAAAGAUUUUGCACCAUUCUCAAGCCAACCGGCACGGUAUUAUGAAUCUUGUGAGGCACAGAGGAAUUACCCCACGUAUUUUCCGCCAUCGGACUCUAGCUCUAGAUAUCCACAUGCUUACCAUGAAAACAACUGGUCUGCCCCAAAUUCAGAAGGUUUUAGUUUCAAUGAACAGCGUUUGGGUGCAAAUUUGAGCUUGCAAAUCGGCCCCACAUACCGAGGGGACAGCGGAAUUGAAAGGCAAUAUGGGAAAGACGAUGAAGUGGAUUUGGAGCUUCGGCUUGGUCACUAUCCAUGAUACACCGUACCCCUAUACCAAUAGGCGUGGAGACCACUGAAGAGAAGAUAUUGUACAGAGAGGGUAUUCUUUCAUUUGCACACUAGUUUUGCCAUAAGUGCAUCUGAAUUCAUGAAGGUAGUUAUAUCCUUUUUUUCUUCCCGUAGUAAUAUUUAGGAAAUAUGCUGCUUUGAAAGCGUGCAAGGAGAAGAGAAGUGACUUUUCAUUCAGGUUGCAGCAAAGAAUGAAAGGUGAACCAGCAUAUUCCGCAUCAGUUCCGUUUUACACCUUGCUGAGGUAGUUGUAUGGAUGCAUCAAGUAUUAGGAUCACAUAAGGCUUUGUAUGCCAAAUUCUUAUAAUUUUCCAUGGUAUCAGUUUCUGUUUGAGCUUAGGCUGUGUUUGUCAUUAUAAAGAAUGUAUCUAGUUUCAGACUUAGAAAUCU